UUUUGAAAGUUGGGGUCUACGCUUGGGACAGUAUAACAGGAAUAAUAAUGCACAUCGCGAGUAGAUGAUAAACCGUUUAGCUGCUGCUCGAUACUCCCGAUGAUGAGGAACAGUGAGUUAUCCACUUUAUAGACUGAAGAUCUGCUAUCUGACGGUCCAAGUUUAAUUGAUAUCUGUCGACUAAUCCUCAAUGGUGAAUUGGUAAUAUGUAUAAAUAAGAAGGCAUUAGAUAUAUGUUCUACUUCUGCUUAAAUACAGGAAGGAGGAAAGAAUUAGUAAAACAAGAGGAAACGCAAGAGCCGGAGAGAGUUGUGCAGAUCACGUCUAGAAGAGGAAAGUAUAGUAAAAGAUAGAUUCAAACAAGAAUAAAGGAAUAUUUACUUCAUUUUUAUUAGUAUCAGUUUGCUGUUUGGUGGUGGUUCAUGCUGCAAUGGCUAUUCAGUUGGAGAGUUUAGUGGAGUCGAUUAAAUCGAAAGUGAAGUUUCUUAAGAAAUCAAAGAAGAAUAAACCAUAUGUGAAGAUGGAUAAGAGUUCAAGUGUUAGAGUUGAGAUUAAAAGCAGGAAAGCAAGAAAACUUAUUGAUAAAACUCUGAAAGUUGCUGAUCGUCCUGGAAAGAAAAGUCUUUAAUCAUCAUUUUAAUAGGUGGUAUUAUUUUCAUUUUUAAUCUCAGUUUCUCUAUCUCUAUCUCAAUAUGUAGAUAAGAAGAUUUUCAUUUCAAGUUUUUCCUGGUUCGUCUAAUGUAACAGUGUUUUCUUAGCUAAUAUAACUCUCCUGGUUCAAUUUCAAA